GUUGCGCGGCCUGAAGAUCCUCAAAUUGUAAAAAUAAUACAUCGCAUGGUAGAACGUUUUGCAAAAUAUGGACCACCAUUUGAGAAUAAUUCCAAAUUUGGGUUCUUGUUCGAUAACGACUCUCCUGAACAUACUUAUUAUUGUUGGAAAUUAUAUUCUAUUCUCCAAGGCGAUCCAAAGAAAAAGUGGCGCACCGAAGUUUUUCACAUGUUUAAUGAAGGACUUAUGUGGGUUCCUCCGGAAAUACCUUUUGAUGAAGACGCCGUAGAUAAGUUAUUGGACUCUGAUGAAGGGAAGAACGAGAAAGAGAGCAUGUUCCUAAAGGUACACUCGAAACAUCGAUUAGAAGUAAUGUUACGGAAAUUGACCUAUGAGAGAGGCGCUAUAGCAAAGGUAAUGACCUUUUCCAUUGAUUAUUCUGACGCUGCUGAUGAGAUAGUGGAUAUAAUCUGUAAAACACUUGUUAUUAAGGAAACACCUAUUCCAACCAAA